AUGUCGUAUUCCAACCAGCAUACAAGUAUGGGCAGCCGCAAUAAGCAGACGGUGCAAGAUCGUCGCAAAGGGGAGCUGGUGAGGGGAGAUCAAGCGCUCUCCGAUUUCGCUGAUUAUGUAGAGCGACAGCGAGCAAAGACCCGCAUUCAAUAUCCCGACUCCGUCGCUGCUGACAGCGGUUACGGCACCGGUGCUGCCUCGUCCGUUACCGAAGACCAUGCAGAACUCGAGAUCCUCGAUCAACUAGAACUUUCUGACAGACCAAGCCGGGCAAAACUAAAAGAGUGGCUGCUUGAUACUUCGGAUGACGCAGCUGCGACGCUUCAGGAACUCUCGGGGCUUGUACAAUCCAGGAUAGACGAGGGCCAUGGAGAGACCCUCUUCGACUUGGGGCUUGAGGAUAGCGGCGACUCAAUGGGCUUCACGAAAGAGCAAUGGGACCUUGCCAUGAAGCGCAUCACUGAAGCGGCCGGGAUGCUCAACGCUGCAGUCAACGUCCUUCUGACAUACAACGUUGGCGGCGACAAGGAGGCUCAGUCAAACCCGACAAACGACCAUUCGAGCCACGGCAAGCUACUAAUUCGGCAGACUCCGACAACGGCUGAAGAGGUCAUCGAGACACGAAUUGCCGUGGUUGGCAAUGUCGAUGCAGGCAAGUCUACCAUGUUAGGUGUCCUUGUCAAGGGGAACCUGGACGACGGCCGCGGCAAAGCUCGAGUCAACCUGUUUCGCCACAAGCACGAGAUUGAAUCCGGCCGUACCUCGUCCGUCGGAAUGGAGAUUAUGGGCUUUGACACUCAGGGUGGAGUGGUCACAUCCAGCGUGCCAGGCCGCAAACUCACUUGGGCGGAGAUUGGGACUCGAUCAGCAAAGGUCAUCUCAUUUACCGAUCUAGCUGGACACGAGCGAUAUCUUCGGACUACUGUUUUUGGCCUUCUCUCUUCUGCACCCAACUACUGCCUGCUCAUGGUGGCCGCCAAUAAUGGAUUGAUUGGUAUGUCAAAGGAGCAUCUCGGCUUAGCAUUAGCCUUGAAUGUUCCUGUCAUGGUCGUCAUCACCAAGAUCGACAUCUGCCCUCCCCAGAUUCUCGAACAGACGGUCACCCAGCUAACCAGGAUCCUCAAAUCACCCGGAGCGAGGAAAAUUCCCGUUUUCAUCAAGACAUACGAAGAGACAGUCCUGACAGCCACACAAUUUGUGUCCCAGCGGAUUUGCCCAAUAUUCCAAGUCUCAAAUGUCACCGGAGAGUGCCUGGACCUUGUUCGCACUUUCCUCAACAUUCUUCCGCAUCAUGGUCAUUACGACGACCAGGCGCCCUUCGAAUUCCAUAUCAAUGACACCUUCUCCGUCCCCUUUGUGGGCACAGUCGUGUCGGGAGUUGUGAAAUCCGGAAUGAUUCACGCAGGAGACAACGUGCUCGUCGGACCAGACUCGCUCGGACAAUUUCAGACUACGAACAUCCGAUCCAUUGAGCGGAAGCGAAUACAGGUGCCAGCUUGUAGCGCUGGGCAAUCCGCCUCUCUGGCCCUGAGGAGGAUACGAAAGAAAGAAGUGCGCAAAGGCAUGGUUGUGCUCCCGAAGAUCGAAGGCCCGCCGCCAAAAGUCUACCGGGAAUUUGUCGCCGAGGUCUUGAUCCUGUCCCACCCUACAACGAUACGCCCGAAAUACCAAGCGAUGCUCCAUGUCGGACCUAUAAGCCAGACCUGCGCCAUCAUUGAGAUUGACCGCGAGUACAUUCGGACCGGAGAUCGAGCCACGGUCGCGUUUCGAUUCGUCCAGAGGCCCGAGUUUCUGGCAGUGGGGGAUAAAAUACUGUUUCGUGAGGGAAAGACCAAGGGCUUGGGGAUUGUCAAGUCUUUGGAAUACGAGGAAGGGUCAUUGAGCAAGCAAGCGCAACAGAACGCGCAAGAAUCGUCAAAGGGAGAGUAG